GCGGGGAUGUGAUUGGUGGGCAGGGAAUGACGUAAGUGCUGAGUCAGCAUGACUGUUGGAAUUUGAAAAGUGGGGAAAAGUCAGAGAACAAACUUCUACAGCUCCAAUUGGUAUGGGCGCCCAGACCUCGUCAGUAGAGGGCGUGCACGUGGUGGUGGUGGGUGGGGGCUUUGGGGGCGUGGCCGCAGCCCAACAGCUGAAGAGCAAAGGCCUGAGCUUCACUUUGAUUGACAUGCGGGACGCCUUCCAUCACAACGUGGGCGGGUUAAGAGCGUCCGUGCAACCAGGCUUCGCUCUGAGAACCUUCAUCCCGUACGCCGAGACGUUCGGAGAGAGUUUUGUUCAAGGCCGAGUGGAGCGAGUGGACCCCCAGCGCCAAGUGGUGGUCCUGCAAGGAGGAAGGGAAGUCACCUAUUCGCACCUCAUCCUGUGCACGGGAACUGACGGACCUUUUCCUGGGAAGUUCAACACCGUGGCGUCGUACGAGAGCGCCAUUCAGGCUUACGAGGACUUGGUCAAGCAGAUCCAGAACGCUGACUCGGUGCUGGUGGUGGGCGGGGGCUCGACCGGUGUGGAGAUGGCGGCGGAGCUCAAGACCGAAUAUCCACAAAAGAAGGUGGUUCUGGUCCAUGCUCGAAGCGUCUUGGCCGACGUGGAGCUCCUGAACAGCGUGCGGCGCCAGGCCAAGGACGUGCUGUUGGAAAAAGGGGUGGAGCUACAGCUGGGUCAGAAAGUGUCCGACCUCUCUGGUCUGACCUGCAAUGUGACCCGUAAAAACAUGGAGGUCACCUUGGCAAACGGAACCACGCUGACCACCGACCUCAUCAUCAACUGCAGCGGACUGAGGGUCAACUCGGCCGCCUACCAGUCCAGCUUCUCUGGAAGUUUGGCCCAAAACGGCACCCUGAGGGUCAACGAGCACCUGCAGGUGGAAGCUUUCUCCCACGUUUAUGCCGUGGGCGACUGUGCCGAUGUGAGAGAGCCCAAGACGGCGUACGUGGCCGGGCUGCACGCCGCCGUCGCCGUGGGCAACAUCGUCAACAGUCUGAGCGGGAACUCUCUGACCUCGCACCGCGCAGGCAACGUCACCAUGCUGCUGGCCAUGGGCCGCGACGACGGCGUGGGUCAGUUCAACGGCUUCCGGUUGCCUCGCUUCCUGGUCGCCGUGGCGAAGAGUCGGGACCUGCUGGUGUGGAAGAGCUGGAAGGACAUGCGGCAGCAGCAACCCUGACACGAAGUGGCGCAAACUUGUGCCCUAAGCUCCUCCUACUCGGCUUUGGCACUCUUGCUGGGCUGCAGGUACGCGUUGUAGAAGAAGUUGAGGAAGAGGACCAGGUAGCUGAGGUACAUGAGUGCCCCCCAGGUGAUGUUGACCAUGCUGGAGGGGCAGUCGCCGUGUUGCGUCCAGCGGUACGCCAGCCCGGUCACCGCCAGGCCCACCACCAUCUGCAGCAACUGGGCGAUCGUGACGACCAUGGCCAGAGCGCGGGGCACGCGCAGUCCGGCAGCGCGCGCGGUGUAGUAGCUGUACAUGAGCGCGUGCACCGUGUAGUUGACGGUCAUGAACCAGCCGCCGCCCGCCACCAUGUCUUUGUAGGAGUGCCAGGAGUAGAGCAGCACCGUGAUGUGGUGGUACCAGUGCAGGAAGAGGAGGCGCUGCUUCCUCAGCACGAUGAAGACUGUGUCGCCUGACAACACACACACACAUCACACACACACAUCACACACACACACGUGGCUGAUGACGGACAUGCAAACAGGAAAUGGGACUCACCCAGCUCUGGCACUUUGCUCACCAUGAAGGCGUAGGCCCAGAACUUGCUGACAGGUCCAUCAUAAAUGAUCUGGUCACACACGGACCGCCAGAUACCACCGUUGUUGAUGAGGUGAAGCAUGAAGAACCCCGUACGAACGGCGCCCAUGAUGCUGCACACACAAACGCACACACAGUUGGAGCGUCUUAACCUGAACCACUGAAUUAUUGACAGAAAAUUCCUUUAUUUGAUAUUGGUCGUUCUGAACAGAUGUAAUAUAUAUAUAUAUUUUAAUUUCCAUACAUGAUUUUCGAUUUGUAUCAUAUUUGACACAGCCGGUCUCAAAUUAUAAUGUUUUUUUUUUUUUUAUAACAAACCAAAACAUUAAGCGAUACAAAGAAAUAUCUGUUAAAGGGGUGUACAAACUUUUUGUCCAGGGGGCCGAAAGCCAACUGCAUGUAAAGUAAAUAUAUAUAGAGUAUU